CGUCAGCUAAGCCACGUCUUCGAGUACUAGAGGAGCAAGGCUUAAUUUUUUAAAAAAAUGUCUACUUCGAAUACAAACGUUACGGUUUUAUAUUCGGAAUUACUUCGUCUUGGAGAUGCUGGUGAAUAUGAUAAAGCUUUGAAAGUCGUUAACAAAAUCCUUCAUGAAGAUAAAGAGGAUAAGAAAGCUUUACAUUGCAAAGCUGUGUGUCUGAUACACUUAUCGGAAUUCGAGGAAGCAGUUAAAAUACUAGAGAAGCAAGUAAGUGAUGCAAAUUUUGAAAAAGCAUAUUGUUUCUAUCGUCUUAAUAGAAUUCAAGAGGCGUAUGAUACUCUAAAAGCUAUCAGUAAUCCAAGUAGUAAGGAAAAGGAACUUUUAGCUCAAGUUUUGUAUCGCCUUGAAAAUUUUGUUGAUUGUUUUGACGUGUAUAAAGAUCUCAUUAAGAAUUCUGAAGAUGAUUUUGAGGAGGAACGUGAGACUAAUUUGGCAGCUGUUGUUUCCAAUUUGUAUAAUGAGAAAGGUAAAGAUUUCAAAAAUGCCCCACAAUUACGAGAACAUACUUAUGAACUGUGUUAUAAUAGUGCUUGCAUUCUUAUUAGCCAAGGGGAAUAUAAUUUGGCCAUUGAGAAGUUGAAAACUGCUGAAGAGCUUUGUAAGAAUCAAAUAGAGGAGAAUGAUUUAACUGAAGAGGAAGUUGAAGGUGAGCUGGGAAUUAUUCGUGUCCAGCAUGCAUAUGCUCUGCAAAUGUUGCAGAAAAACGAUAGAGCUUUGAAGCUUUAUAAUCUUGUUUUGAAAAAUAAGCCUUCUGAUGUAGCUGUUGUUGCAGUUGCUUCAAAUAAUGUUGUUACUAUUAACAAAGAUCAAAAUGUAUUCGACUCAAAGAAAAAAAUAAAAAUAGCUACUGCGGAGAGUUUAGAACCUAAACUAACUACUAAACAACGUCAGAUUAUUGCUAUCAAUAAUUGUUUGCUGCUUCUUCAUACCAAUCAAAUUGAUCAAUGUCGUCGUAGCAUUCAAGCCUUAACCAAUAAGUAUCCAUCGUGUGGUGCAGAGGCAGCACUUCUAUUAGCUGCUUUGCAUUGCAAAGAAAAGAAAGUUCAAAAGGCUGUAGAUGUUUUGAAAGAAUUUGCUGAGACUCAUCCUGAUCAAUCAUUGUUAUUGUCUUUUACACUAGCUCAAUUACUCCUGACUCAAGGUCAUGUUAGCCAAGCCUGCGACACAUUGCAAUCUAUUGGUGAUACUUCCUACUCGCUUGGUGUAAUAUCGGCAUUGGUUACCUUAUACUUGAGCAUGGAAGAUAAAGAUGCUGCUACUAAUGUUUUGCAGUCAGCAAUUAAAUGGUACAGAAAGAAUAAAUCUAAAAGUUCUGCCUUAAGAAUACUUAUCCAAGAAGCUGCAAAAAUAGAAUUGAAAAAUGAUCAUCCUCAAGAAGCUGCAAAACUUUUAGAGGAGCUUAGAAAAGAAAAUCCUGGUGAUCUGAAAACCAUUGCACAAUUAAUCGCUGCUUAUUCUCAGUUUAAUCCGGAUAAAGCUAAAGAUGUGAGUAAACAACUUCCUCCUGUUUCGGAGAUUACAAUGAAUGUUGAUGUUGACAAUUUAGAAUCUACCAGCUGGACUAUGGGUGCCAAGUAUAUUAAAAAAGGUGCCAAAUCAGAACCGCCAUCAGGAAAGCAAGAUACUGGGGACGGUCUUAUCCAGAAGAAAAAGAAAAAGCGUAAGAAGGGAAAAUUACCCAAGAACUGUGAUCCUAAUGUCGACCCUGAUCCAGAACGAUGGUUACCAAGAAGGGAGCGAUCCACAUAUAAGAAGAAAAAGGAUAAGAGAGGUGCUGCUAUUGGAAAGGGAACUCAAGGUGCAGUAGCUGGUUCAGAAGAGGUUUCUAAAACUACCAUGCCAACAACUGCACCAUCUCCUGGUUCAUCUGCCACGCCUACCUCUCCUAAUGUGACUGGUCCUCGUCAAGCUAAGGGUGGUCAAAAGAAAAAGAAGAAAAAUCGUUGGUGAACACUUAAUUAUUUGUGACUCAAAUUGUUGAUUUUGAUUACUACAAAAGUAUCUUUGCAAUGAAUAAAGUUGAACAAAAUUUGUUGGGAAAAAAUUAAAAAUCUAUUGGAUGCCUUA